CUCCCUUUUUAUGAUCUGUAUCCACAAUACAUAGUUUGGUUGGGUAUAUAUGUUUGAGAUAAAAUAUUUAUUAUUUGUAUCACUAUAGCAGCUGUGUCAACUGUGUGCGGCCUAUUUCUCAUGAGAAGGCACGCAAAAUAAUCAUAGUUGCUAUAACCAAAUUAGGUCAAACUCACGCCUGCGAACAUAAAGCUGAGUCAACGUAGAGUUCCUCUCACAAGGGCUACAUUUUGACCAAAUUUGGUCAUAUACCUGCCUUAUCUUUCAAAGCCUAUCGUACGACUAUAAAUUUUAGUUGCAUAGUCAUUCUAAAGCAUUUUGGUGCAAGUAGGGACAAGAAAUUUAUAACAAUGGCAGAGGAGAUGCAAAUUGAAUUUUGCAUUUACUGUCAUAAGACUAAAUUGAAAGUGGCUGCCAAAAAACGAUACUGUAUUAAUUGCAUCCACAGAAAGAAAGGAAAACCAGAAACAAGAACAUUCACAAUACAGAAAGAAGCAACACUGGAAACUCUAGAUCUGAGCUACAUAGAGGAGAUGAUAUAUUGCUUUUACUGUGGUGAAGAGGUAAUCCGAGAAGAUGGAAGUAUUAUUUGCAUUGAUGGAUGUGAAAAUCUUCUUAUUACAGAGGAUGAAUUAUUGCAGAUGAAGCAAAAGAGAGGAGUUAAAGGUGAUGAGCUUUUACAUAUGCAAGAAAAGUUGGCAUCAAAACACAAUGAAGCAACACCUCAAAUUGCAGAUGAACAAGAGACAUCUAAAAGAAAUAAGCAAGAACAGAGUGAAGACGGAUCUCAAAUAAAAUGCAGCAAGCAGAAAGUAGAAGGAGAGCAAGGUUUGGAAAAUUUAGAAGGAGAAAAGGAAGCUGCUGAAUCUGCUAGAUUCACAAAUGCUGAUGAGUUGAGGAAAGAUAAAAAUGGAGAUAUGCAAAAGAAGUCAGAAGAAUUAGCUUCUAAACCUGAUCCAGGAGAAGGUCAAGAACAACAAAGGGCAAAUUGCAAAGGUCAAGGUCAAGCUGAAAAUCAAACAUUAGAAGAAGAUAAGCAUGGGCAACAUGAAGAUGACAAAGAUCAAAGUGAAGCUGCAGAAAACCAAACAUUGGAAGAAGAUAAGCUUGAAGAUGCCAAAGGUCGAAGUGAAGCUGCAGAAAAUCAAGCAUCAGGACAAAAUAAGCAAGGACAACAUGAAGAUGACAAAGGUCAAAGUGAUUCUGCAGAAAACCCAACAUUGGAAGAAGAUAAGCUUGAAGACGCCAAAGGUCAAAGUGAAGCUGCAAAAAAUCAAACAUUAGAAGAAAAUAAGCAAGAACAACAUGAAGAUAAAUCUCAAGAAAAGCUAAGUUCAGAUAAUUCAGAAGUGGAAGAGGAUUUGUGUGACUCAGAAUCAAGUCAAAAUGAAAAUGACGAGCUGUUAGAAAAAGAAAAUAAACUUAAAAGAAAGAAAAGUAAUGAAUCUUCUGUAAUACCAAGCAGUGAGAAGACAACAUCAGCAAAUCAAAAGCAAUGGAAGUCAAAACGGCAUGGCAGCAUAGAAGAAACAGCAGCUGAUGAAACAGAAUUCACAGUAGUAGGAGAAGAACAAGUUCCUUUAAUUUCUGGAAAAAAACCUGUCUUAAGUUAUCCACCGGCACUUGAUGCACUCAAGAAAUAUUCUAAAACAUUAGGAAAAAGGUGCAAAGAUCUAGGUGAGCAACUUAAGGUCAAUGAGAAAAAAUCUUUUGAUGCUUUGAUGAGAAAAUGGAAAAAAGACAUACCAGUCCCAUAUACUUGGGAUACCUUUUUAUCUGCUUUAAGAACAAUUGGUGAGACAACUGUUGCAGAAGAAAUUGAAAGUAAACUUGUAGGGUUUCCUGAAAAAAACUCAGCACUUAUUAUAUCUAAGACCAGAGUUAAUGCACAACAAGAGGAAAUAAAAUUUCAAGUUGUUCUGGAUGUGUCUGCAUGGAGUCUUGAAAAGGAAGAUCAAUUCAAACUUACAUUGACUUCACAAGAAGUCAACAAUGGGCAGCCUCUUUCUUAUUCCUUUAAAUGUGAUCUUCAAUUUGGAAAUGUCAGGCUCUAUAGCUGUACAUUGUUUAUUCCUGAUGCAUGCAUGUGGAAUGCACAAUAUUUUCGCUACAAAUAUGUAGUAAUUUUGAAAAAUGGUGAAACACAAUUUGAAAACUUAGAUUAUUCUUAUAGAGUUUUAAAGAAAGGUGCCCAUAUUCAAUAUGAUGCAGAAAUAAAACCAAGUGCUAGUAAUUUUGUUUACAAGUUUUUUACAAAAAAACCAUAUUCUGAAGCUGUUUCAAAUGCUCUUUCUCUCUACAUUGAUUGGGCUAUUAUAGAAGGAUGGAUAUGUAUUAAUUCUGAUGCAGUUGAGGCAGAUAUUAGUGAAAAUACAAAAAAAAUUUCACAAAUUUUCAACAAUUUAUGCCAUCCUCUUGGUUUCUUAAAAGGGAAAGUGACACAACUUUAUGAAGAACAAUCAGUUUCUUCCAGUGCAUUUAAGAUUUUGCUGGAAAAAUUAUCAUCCCAUUUAAAAGGAAGCAAUAAUUUGGAUAAGUUUCUUAGUGGUCUGAUAGUUGUUGAUUUACUUUUUUUUUUGAAUUUCUUUUCUGAAAGAAAUUUUCACACUGAUGAAAAUUUUAGUAAAAAUUUGGCAAAAAGCCUUCAUCUUCCUGAAUCUGAAUUCCCUAAAGGCACUUCAAUACUUUCUAAGUUUAGUCCUGAAUUUAGGAAUAAUAUAAUUUGCCCAGUUGUUAUUAGCUUGUGCAAUAGUUUCAUAUUAAAGAAAGGUCAUGAAUGGAUUGGCAUUUUACCUUUACUUCAUGCCAUCAAACUUUAUGGAUUUAGUUUUGGAAAGCCAUACAAACUGUUCAACGCUACUGAUAAGGUGAAAGGAAUAUGCGAUUUCAAGAAUGUGUUUUGUGGCAUUCAAGUAAAGGAUUUUUACCCAAAUGAAUCGAGGUUUGCGUUGAGUAUAAUUCAACCGUAUUUUAAACAUGAUUGGUUAAUGUCUCGAGCAUUUGUACUGCUUUGCCCAUAUAAAGAUAUGUUUAUUUAUAGUCGAGAUUAUCCUGAAAUGGUGCCACUCAUUUGCUGGAAAGUUGGAUAUAUAUGUCUUGAUGAAAUUGCUUUUACAGAAAAUGAUGAAAUUGAGGAGCUUACUAGAGGACUUCAGUGUUUGAUUAAUCCUUUAAGACAAUUAGAUUGUUCCAAAGAAGAGAUAAAACUUUGUUUUAAAGGGGCCAACAAAAUUGUCCGCAAAUUCGUAAAUGAAAGUAUCGCGGACUCCACUCUAUUCAGAGCUUCAGUUCAACUCUUCCUUACUGUACUUGAUAAAUUUCAAGCGCUAGAUGAUCAGGGUUUUUUGGAAACAUCAAUGAAACAGUUGAGUGGAUUAAUAUUUAGGUGGAUGGAGAUAGCCCAUGGACAGAAUUUACUUCUAGGAGAAAUUAUGCUAGAACUUGGUGAUUGGAGUAGUAUUUAUUCAUUUUCCCAGAAAAAUUUUAUUACAACAUGCAAUUCAGUGCUAUCUCAGCGUUUGAGUAAAAUUGAUAUUGAAAAAAAGACAAAUAUUUUAUCCACCAGUGACUUGCAUCCAGAGGUUACGUCUGCAUUACUAAAUAGCAUCUUACAAUCUGUAAAAGAUAUUGAAGAUAAAGAGUCAUCCGAAGUUUUAGCUUCUCUUAAAGGAGGCUCACCCACUGAAGUCAGUCAAAUUUUAGGAGCUAUACUUUCAUCAAUGUACCCAACGUUCAUUGUUUCUUUUGCAUCAUUAUUUACAACUUCAUGGGUAAUUACAAUGGAGAUAUAUUAUGAAACUAUUCUUGUUAGUACUGGACCUCUUUCAACUCAGGAGGAACAGAUUGGCCGUUCUUUGUGUGAACAGGCCAGAAAUUAUCUUCAUAAUUUUUUUAAAGAUUUAGCAUCCCGACAGAUAACGCCCAGUCAAAUAGAAGAUAUUCAAAAUGCAGGAGAGAUUCCCAAAACACUUGAAAUAGUCAAGGAUUUUCUUUUAUUGAGGAUGUUUAGUGAUUUUAAAGUAACAGCAAAAGAACUUGAGAAAGAAAUAAGAUCUUACAAGUCCUUUACAGAAAGAAACAAAAAAUUACAACAUUUUGCUCAUACUUUCAGUGAAUUUUCUGAAGAAGAGGCAACAAGAAUAAAGCAAGAAUUGAAAAAUGAUUAUACCAGGACUCCUGUUAACUUACUUUGGCAAUACAUUGGAGAUGAAGUAACAUAUAAAUUUUGCCACAUUGAUAUACCUCAAGAAGUCAUUGAAGAAGUGUUUCGUUUAACUAAUCAUGAAGAGAUAUCUUCAAAAGUUUUUGCUAAAGUGUUUCUUAAGUGGAAGGGUGAAUACCUUUUAAAACACAAAAAUUCCACUUCAAAUUUCAAAGAUGCAGUAGAGGAGUUGUGGAGGCCAAUGUUUAAAGAAUUUAAAAAAGAUCUGGGUCUGCUUCAUAAUGGAUUGCAAUUGCCAUUAAAAAAGGUUGAGUAUCUUUUUAAUGACAUAUCAGACAAAGUGACACUAAAUAAAGAAUUAAAGAAGUGGUGUUGUGCUGUUAAUGAGCCUGAUGAAAACUGGAUUAGAGAUGCUGCCCAAAAAAUUUUAGAUUAUCAAGAGUUGUGCCGGUACUCAUAUUCUGCUCAAACAUUGAUGCAGCUAAAAAAAACUUUAGGGUUGACUGGAGACUUCAAUGCUAUAGAAGCAUUAUUGCCUAAAGAGGGUCUUGAAAAUGCUGAUGAUGUCACUCUUGCAACUGUUGAGAGUACUGCAGCUGAAACAGCUGAUAUUCUUAAAGAUAUUGCUGAUGUUCCACAUCGCAGAGCUUGUCUAGAGACUUUUUGUUCUUGCAUGAGCUUAGUAGAAUGGGUCAGGAGUGUAGCAUUAAAUCUUGGUCAAUUACAGAAUGUUGUUCAAGUUGCUAAUCAAACUAUGGAUGGCGAUUUGGUAAAGCAACUUCUACAAGACCUUCUAAAAUUUGGAAGUGCAUUUGCUCCUUUGAUUUAUGAAGUUGAUCAAAAAGAAAGCUGUGAAGCCUUAAUCAACCGUUGUAAAGCCAUGUGGCCAUUAAUUGAUGAACGCCAAAACUUAAUGAAAAUAACAGCUUCUUGUACUGCUCGACUUGGAGAGUUGAAAAGAGUGGAGGAAUCGCUAUCUGAUUUUCAAAAAAGUAACGUAGAGCAAAUGGAUUCCAUUAACACAAGAGGAAUCUACUACAUUGAAGCUAUUCCAGGAAGAAUUAUUCAUUCUCCUGAUGAUGCAGUUUGUUUGAGAAUGAGAUUGGCUCAGGAUCAAACAGAGCAGCAAAAAAUCUUUCGACUAGAUGACCUUAGAGAAUUGCAAAGCAAAUUAGUUUUGGUUGCUGCCGAAAAUGCUGAUAAAGUCAAUAAAUUUAUUGAGACACUUUCAAAAAUUGAAGGAAUAGCUCUUUUAUUGAUACAACUACAAGAAGCUGGCCUGAUGGAUUACACUCAUUUUCAUUUAGUGUGUGGAUGUAGUGAGUACAAAAAAUCUGAUUUCGAUGCAACAAUUGAUUCAAUGGAUAAAGAUUUAAAAAAUUGGCAGAAAAGUGUUGAAAAAUACAGAAAGCAAUACCCUCAUUUAAACUACUACACAUCUCAGCAGUUGUUGGAUCUUCGAAAAGAACUUGGAAAAUUAAAAAAGAAUCCAGAAUCUGUAGCAUCUCAUUCAUUAAAGCAGCUGCUGCUAUCAGUCACUCCAAAUCCAUCUAAUGACCACAUUUUGUCAUCUUUACAUAAUGCAGUCAAAACGAUGAAUAAAAAUAUGACACCAUUAGGAAUGCCAGCUCAGAAUAGAAAUAUUUUUGCUAAUAAAUCUGCACUACCUGCAUUUGAUCUUGGUUCACUAAGUGAUGAAAGAAAAGAAGUAUUAAAAGCCCUACGUGAUGAUUAUGAAUUCAAAAUCUCUUUAAUAUUGGCUGCUUUCUCAGAAUUGGAAGAAGAUGCUGAUGAAGAUGAAGUACGUGAAUGGUGCGAAGAAAAUGAACAUAAAUAUAAAGAUGAAGAAGAUGUUGAACUAUCAACAAUAAUGAAUGUGGACACUGAUGAGGAAGAUGCAAUAAGUGAAGAUAACCCUUUGGUAUUGGAGCUCCUUGAGGAAGAAUAUAGCUUAGAAAUUGCUAUUGAAGCAGUUCGAAAAGCAAAACAAAAUCUUCAAAUAGCAAGAGAAAUUGCCUCUGAUCUACAUGUGGGAAGGUAUACUGAAGCUAAUCCCACAAAUAAUGAGCAUGAAUGGAGUGCUACUAAAUAUUCUCAGGUUCCCUUAUCUGUAAAAAUGGAGGUAGAAAAAGGAGAAUACCUAGACUUUGUUGAACUUGGAGAAUUUCUUAAAGAAUUGGCAUAUCAAGAGGUUUCUGUAAGCUUUGAAAAGAGGCAUGUACAUAGCACAUUGGUGGAAGAAGGAAAAAUAAAUUUACUUGCUAUUGAUGCAGCAUCUACAUGGAAAGCACUUUUAUUUCUGUAUAUGGCUGAUCAAAAAAAGCCUCUACCCACACAUGAAGAAGUUCUGAUAUGCACUAGAGAUACCACAGUUGAAGAAGUAACUUUAUUAUGGCAUCGUGCAGUCAAUGAUGAAGAAAAGAAGAGAUUAUUUUGCCUUGUUAAUGCUGACCAGCUACCAUUUAGUGUUUCUGAGAAGGCACUAGAUAAUCUAGAAGUAAUAAUACAAGGAUCAAAAAAUUUUAGAAUUGUUGUACUGAUCAAUGCAAAAGACCAAGCUAGAAAUCAUUUGGCAUCAAGAUUGAGUCUUUACUUAAGAAAAUUUCCAAAAUUGCCAUCUGAUGAUGAUAUAGCCAAGUACAUUUCUGCUCAUAUUGAUCUACAAGUAUCAAGUGAUAUUAAAGCAUCAUCUGAUCAAGAAAGACAAACUUUGAUAUCAUUGAAUAAAAAUGUUCAUAUUGUUGCAUCAAGAUGUACUGGUAUGGGGAAAACUCUUCGUGUGAAAAGAAUGGCUGAAAUGAUCACUACCAUUAACAGUUCCGAAAAACCAAGUUAUGUUAAUGUUCCUAUCCAUGGUCCUGAAGUUUCAGUCCGUCAUGUCCUGGAAUUGAUGGAAGAAUGCAAACAAGAUCCUACUGAUGCUUAUCCACAACUGAUACACUUCAACAUAGCACAAGAUAUGAUUGAACAAAUUGACUGGCUAUUGUUUAAAAUUAUCGUACUAGGAGGAUUGGAUGAUGAGCAUGGUAACAUUUGGAGAAGAGUAGAAAAACAAGUUUGUGUUGUAGAGUGCACUUUAACCAAGUUAGAUUUAGAAAGUUCAGACGAUAUGCCAUCAGAAGAAGUUUUACCCAGUGUAUACUCCUUGUUGUCAUAUUUUCCUCAAACUAUCUGUGAAUUGCCUAACAAAGUGCAAGAUAAUCCAAAAUCAAAUUUGUUUGUUUCGAUGGAUGAACAUGUAUUUAAGGAGGAAAGUGUACAGCGUGUUUAUCAGUACUUAAGAAGAAUGAAAGCUAAUCAGGAUUUGGAUCAGUUUAAAUUGACACAUUUAAAAAAACCUGAAGGGACAGGAAAGGAGUGUUUAGAAUGUCUAUUGGAAUAUACUUUAAGUAAAUCUAUUGAGCCAUCAUGGUCAGAUAUCAGAAACUUUAUACAGUUCCUAAAUGCACAUUUGUAUGAUUGUGAGCAAUCGCCAUAUUGUUCUGUUGAUGAUUUUAAAGGGUUUAAAAAAUUUAUUGUGAAAUUUUCUAUUUUAAUGGCUAAAGAAUUUACAGAACCUUCAAUUAGUGAUUCCGUCAAAAGUCAAAAUGAUGAUAUCUCUAAAAAAUGGGAUGCAUGCUCUCAUCCAUAUCUGUUCUUUAACCAAGAUGGAUACACUAUGACAUUUUUGGGUCUAUGGGUUGAUGAGGAUGGUAAUUUAUUAGAUUACAAUAAUAAGCAAGUCAUUGAACACAAAUUCAUGGACAAAACAUUGAGAAAUGUGUUGCAUCAUAAUGCUGUGUGCUUUCAAGAAGACUACAGAAGCUGGGACAAGCAAAAGAUGAUCCUCAAAUUAAUCAGAGUUUUGGGUAUUCCAGAAAUUAAGAAAGGAAAUGAACUUGACCUAGAAAAAAUAGACUCAGAUAGUACAUAUGUACUGACUGUUGAUAAUUUAAUGAAAAUGCUAGCCAUACACAUGAAAUUCAGGUGUGGUAUUCCUGUCAUUAUGAUUGGUGAAACUGGAUGUGGCAAAACAAGACUUUUAAGAUAUUUGUGUGAAAUGCAAGACAAAGCAUUUAAAUCUAAGACAUUGAUAUGUUUAAAGGUUCAUGGUGGUAUUAAUGCAGAUCGUAUUUAUUCUGAAGUUGAAUCAGCUGCCAAACUAGCAAUAGAAAACAAAGGAAAGUGUAACUAUACUGUUUUGUUCUUUGAUGAAGUCAACACUACAGAAGCACUGGGAUUAAUCAAAGAAGUUAUAUGUGACAGAACUUUGAAUGGCAAAGCAGUUAUUCCUGAAGAGCUCAAGUUUGCUGCUGCUUGCAACCCAUAUAGGAUACAUGAUGAUGAAACUAUAAAAAGUUUACAAAAAGCUGGACUGGGAUUUUACUUAAAAGAUGGAGAAAAAACUCCAAAAUUAGGUCAACUUCCACUACGUAAACUAGUGUAUCGAGUUCUUCCUCUUCCAGAAAGCAUGUAUCGCUAUGUUUAUGACUUUGGUACUGUCACUGGAAAAACUGAAAAUGAAUAUAUUGAAAAAAUAGUCAAGAAUCAGCUUUCUGGAUGUAAAUGCAUAUCCUCUCAACUUGAAGCUAUCCAGACAUUUGUGGAACAUGUUCUUUGUGAAUGUCAAGCUUUUAUGAGAGAACAAAAAAAUGAGUGCAAAUAUGUCAGUUUAAGAGAUGUUGUUCGAGCAAUGAUUCUUUUUAAGUGGUUUCUGGAGAAAUUGUGUAGUGUUGAUAUCAUCAAAAAGAAGCUGACAGAACAAAUUCUAAAUGAUGAAACUAUUGAUCAAGAUAAUUACCAGGAGUUAAAUGACAUCACACGCGCUUUAAUUUAUUCUGUAAGUGUGUGCUAUUAUGCCAGACUUACUGAUCGGGAACCUUUUCUUGAGAGAAUAAUUAAAUGUUUUAUAAAUGAAUAUAAACUUCCAGGAUCAACUGAUCAAGAAAAUAUCUCUUUCUUUGUCAAUGAAAUUAACAGAAUUCAAAAUGUAUUCCUCAUUGCUAUGAAUAUUCCCAGUAAUAUUGCUCAUAAUGCUGCCUUACGUGAAAACAUAUUUAUGAUGGUUGUUUGUAUUGAAAACAGACUGCCAUUAUUCAUUGUUGGUAAACCAGGUAGCUCUAAGUCAUUGGCAAAGUCAAUAGUUAGUAAUUCCAUGCAAGGAAGGUACUCUUCUAAUGAGCUUCUGCAACAUCUAAAACAAGUUCAAAUCUUUCCUUACCAAUGUAAUCAAUUCUCUACUACCAAAUCACUGAUUGAUGUUUUUGAGGAAGCAAUGAACUUUCAAAAAAGUCAAGAUACUGCUAAAUUUGCUUCAGUAGUUGUUUUGGAGGAAAUCGGUUUAGCAGAGGAUGCUCCUGGCCUCCCACUGAAAGUAUUGCAUCCAUAUCUUGAGGAUGGUACUUCUGGAGCUGAUCCUUAUGCAAUGGAUAUAAAACCAGAAGAAAGAGUAGCUUUUAUAGGCAUUUCUAACUGGGCCCUUGAUCCAGCUAAAAUGAACAGAGGUAUUAUGGUUACUAGAUGCCCACCUGAACCACAGGAACUAAUUAAGAGUGCAUAUGGGAUUGCUAACAUGGUAAAAGAUGAUAAUUUGAGAAGCGAAUUGACAAAAUCAUUUGAUGCAUUAGCUGAAAUGUACCAAAAGAUUUGUGUCAAACAAGAAGAAGGUGAAAACAGUGACAAAGAUGAAGCUCGAGAAUUUUUUGGAUUGAGAGAUUUUUAUACAUUGAUUAAAAUGAUAUGCUGGAAAUGCAUAGACAAGGAUGCACCACCAAGUUCUGAAGAUUAUCGACGUAUUAUAUUGCGUAACUUCAGUGGGCACACCAAAAUCGAUCCGCUGGAAGAACUACCUAAUCCUGACUUACUUAUAGAAAUGAAAGGAACGGAAAGUGAAGCUCUUGAAAUUGUCAAAGAAAGUGUCCAACCACUAAAAAUUCAAACCAAUGAAGAUUUGCCAAAGCAGGAAAAUCGCUACUUAUUAUACAUUACAGAAAAUCAAUCUGCUCUGCAAAUUCUUCAGAAUAAACUAUUGACAAAAGAUGAAAAGUUAUUUGUGUUUUAUGGUAGUAGCUUUCCAAAAGAUACGGAAUACACUCAAGUUUGUGUUAACAUCAACAAAAUCAAAGUUUGUAUGGAGAAAGGUAUUCCAGUUGUAUUAUUGAAUUAUGAACAAAUCUACGAAAGUCUCUAUGAUGUCCUUAACCAGUGUUACACAGAGCUGCCUACAGGGCGCUAUGUUGAUCUUGGAUUACGAUCAUACAGAAUAAAAUGUCGUGUUGAUCCUAAUUUCCGUCUCAUUAUUAUAGCUGAAAGAGAUCGUGUCUUCAAACAGUUCCCAGCAGCACUCAUCAAUCGUUUAGAGAAACACUUUGUAGUGUCCAAUACUAUUUUAACACCCCAGCAAAAGGUGCUAGCAAAAAAGAUUAGAAAAUGGGUAGAUGAAUUUGCUAAUGUUGAACACAAUGGAAAAAGAUUUCUUGCAUCAGAUUCUUUUGUUGGUUUUCAAGAAGAUACCCCAUCCUCUGUUGUUCUCCAUGUUAGUAAUAUUAAGGAACAAGAUGAAAAAGAGGUAUAUAAUGACAGCAUUGCUUUUCUCCUUCAAACAGCUUCAAUUGAUGCAGUAACUCGCCUGAAAUCAAACAGUGCCAAAUGUGAUACAAUGACAAAAGAUUGGGCUUUUAGGGUUUUUUUUGAGGAGCAGCAACAUUUUUCAAUGAUACAGUUCCUUUUCAGUGCCAUUGAGAAAUCAGGAGAAGAUGGUGCUAUGAUACAAAUUACAACUUUUGGGCCGCUAUUGACUCAAAAUUACAUUGCUACACUGGCACAAGGACUUGGUAUAAAUAGCAUCAAAAUAUUCCAACUUUCAGACUUUCAUACUGAGAUGGAUUUUUCAAAUGACAUAAAAACGGUCUAUGCAUCAGAGUAUGAAGAAAAAAAGCUACUCAUUGUUCAAUGUGAAUAUGGAGAAAAAAAGACUGAUCUCAUUGCUUGUGCUAGGCACCGCCUCAUGGACGAAGGACAAAGAAUAACUAUCAGUGGUGUCACUCAUGUUGUAUUUAUAAUUCAACUACCUCGAGUAGCUGGUGGCACAUCGUUUGCUUCAUUUCAAGGUGGAUCUUGGAUUUGUACUCAUAUUGAUGAACUGACAUGCCACUCUGGAGUGAAGCAAGUUCUCCAAUGUGCCAUCUCUGAGCCACUACAUAAAUUCUUUCAUAUGCUUAUUGAGAAGAAAGAUGAAGUACCUGAUGAGUUUAAUGUUGGUGAGAGGGUCAGAGACAAUGUUCAAGUUUCCGUGUCUAUGAUCAUUUCUGUUGGUACAUAUCAGCAAAUGGAAUAUGUAAUUGAGUUAUUGCUGCAGUUAAUAUCAAAUAAUUUCAAUACACAAGAUGUAUCAGUCAAUUUUACCAGUUGCCUUCUUAUGAGAAUUGAAGAUCUCCUUCAACAAAGAGAUGAUCUCCUUCCCAAUCCUAACAAUUGGGCUAUUGAUGCAGCAAUGGAUAGAUCGAAGCUGCAAGCUAGCUUCACUCUUGUUAACUCCAUCAAAAAGGCUAUUGAUACACAAUUGCAACGUAUCCUAGCAUACAUAAUUUCAUGCAUCAACAAGAACAACAACUUAAAUUUACUGAAAAGUGACAAUGGAUGCCUCAAAAUUCUUUGGGUGUCUCUUUUUAGUAACUCAUCAUUCUUACCAUUUGAUUACGACACAAUUGCCACAACAACAAUUCCAUCCAUUAAUAUCAAUGGAAGAAACUACAGCUGUAAGUUUCCAUUUUCAUGGGAAAUAAUUGAUCAAGUUAAUGCGGCAUUUGGCACUGUUCUUCACAAAAGUGGACUCAAUGAAGGAGACAAACAGAAAACUUUUCAAGACCUGGUUGAAUCAACAACAAAUCAAGCAUUUGUAAAACAUGUGGAAAAACUUCCUUCUGAGGAUGCAUUGUUGUUUUAUAAUUGCUAUCUUCAUGAUUUUAUUAAAAAUUUAGUACUACCAUUUAGUGAAGAAGCAAUAGAGAGUGUUCAUGAAAUAUUGUUCAAAGUCUUGAGAGAAAUAGUGAUUAUAUUUGAACCUCUGGCUGCUUCAGAAGAACCUUUUCCAUUGAUUAAUACAAUAACUGCUGUUCAUCUUGCCUAUAGUAUAAUAGAGCAAGAAAUAUUUUGGCUAGCUGAGCUGUCUGAAGGAUUGCCAGAAUUGCCAAAUAUUUUGAAAGAUAGAGAACUGUUAUCCUCUGGAAAAACAGUAUUUCAUUUUAAAGCUGUGGAAUGUGUCAUUGAUCAAAUAUUGCCUCACAAAGUUGAUUGGAAAGAUGAUGAAGCAGUCAACUAUUUCAUAUUAAACUUUCAUUCAAGCAAAAGUGCAGUUGAAACUAUCUUAUACUUAAAAGGACAUGAUGAUAUUAGUACUGAGCUGCUUCUUGAUUUAAGGUCAAAAUGGCAAGCACUAAUGAGUAUUGUAUUAUUUGCUGAGCACAUUAUAGCUCCACUUAUGCCAAAUAUAACAUUGACUACAAGCAAGUUCACCAUAUUGAAGCGUUAUUCUAAUGUAAGUUGA